AUGGCGACUGCUGCGUGGACAAUCCCAAUCCAAACCCUCAUCGGCCUUGAGAUUGGCGACGAUUUCAAUCUGGCUUCGACAUCCGCCGCAAGCCCAGGCGAUGGUCCUGGUACCGCCUAUACCAGCCCGUCGCGAAGCCACAAAAGGAAUGCGUCCGUUGCCGGUUUCGACAGCUCCCCGGCGAGCCUUGAGUCGCCCGAUCACAAUGGUGACGACCACAUGCGUGAUAGCAGGAGGAGGCCAGUGAAAAGAGCUUGCAAUGAAUGCCGACAGCAGAAGGUGAGCUUUGGCGCAGCGAACCACAUGCACAAUGCGAAGGGCCCUGACAAAACACCACACGCAUCCCUGAGGUGGUGCCGCCGUUGUUUUGGCCGUCCUUCACGGACGGUGUGUCGAGUCAUCGUCGUGACCCCGGCAUGUCGUCGCAAUCGUUCGCUUGUCUUCUGGAGUGCCAUUGCUAAUGCUGUUCCCUCACAGUUGCGAUGCGAUGUUGUGCAGGAACCCUUUCAGACGUGUACCCGUUGCAAGCGACUCAAUCUCGAUUGCAAGAUCGAGGACAAUUUUAAGCGGAUUGGCAAGAGAUCACGAAAUGCAGAAAUGGAGCGCGAGAUCAUCGAGCUGCGAAAACAGGUAGCUGCAAAACAGCAGACCGGGGGUGCGGCGAAUGGUUCUCACACAAAUGACGACGCAAAGCUGCACCAGUCACCCUCGGCGGACGGGACCUUCACUUCAGACGCCGCCGCCGCGGGACUGCUUGACUUGAGAGGUGGCGGUUCAGGCAGACCCAUCUUCAAGCGACUGGAAGAGGUGAGCUUGACGAUUGACCGUGCACAGGAGCUCUUCCAACGCUUCUUCACCUUCCAUCACCCCUUUCUGCCUUUUCUCAAUCCCGACAGAACUCCGGAUGAAUACUAUGCUCGAUCACCUUUGCUGUUUUGGACAAUCAUUUCAGUGGGCGCGCGGCACUACACGCCGGAGCCCGAUCUGUAUGGAUCUCUGACUGGACCUGUAAUGCGGCUGGUCUGGUCGACUAUCGCCGAGGUUCCUCAAAACUAUCACAUUGUCAAGGCUCUCAUCUUGCUUUGUGCCUGGCCUCUACCCACCAGCAGCACUUCGACAGACCCAACCUUCAUGCUUUGUGGGAUGAUGAUGCAGAUUGCCUUGCAGAUUGGCCUCCACCGUCCGACUCAUGCCCAAGACUUUUCCAAAUUUCGGGUAGAGCUCAGGGAAGUGGAAUUGCAAGAUCGAGUGGUGGUGUGGAGUGUGUGUAACAUUGUCGCUCAGAGAAUCUGCACUGCCUAUGGGCAGCCUCCGCUGAGCAUCUACGACUGGACUCUGGGACCCAAGCCGAUCGAGACAAAUCCAAAUUACGAACUGCCGGCUCCGAUCUUGAACCGGUUGCUCAUCGAAAAAUUCGUCGACAAGGUUUCCAGGACGCUCUACAUGAAUCCACACGAUCCCGUUGGACUUGUGGCGGACACGGAGCGGCCUACCUACGUUUCUUUCCUCGCGCACGAGCUGGAAGAGCUUGAAGAUAAGUUACGCAAGGACACCUCACCAAUCACAAAGGUGUAUCUCAAGGCAGCAGCUCUGCAUAUGAGGUUGAGUGCCUUUUUCUCACCACCCUCGCUGUCUUCCUAUCGGAGCGACAUGUUAAAACUGUAUCAUGCCACGACUGAUUUCCUCGAGACAUGCCUCAGCUUAGAGUCCACUGUCAGCGUCAAUCUCCCCUCAAGCUACUCACACGGCUUGUCACUGUCGCAUGCGACGAACUAUAUAUUCCACAUGAUGCUCGGUGCUGGCUUUUCCCUUCUGAAACUGAUGCACAACUUUCUGGGGGAGCACGAGCUGGAUGCCCAAGGAGCGUCUGAACUCCUCUCGAGAACGGUGUGGGCACUGAGAAGCAUGAGUGUGAUAGAGAACGAUCUUGCGGAACGCCUGUCGGAAGUUCUGGCGCAGGUUUGGAAAAGCGGAAGAGUGCGCGCAGAGCCUGACCGGAGUAACAUUGGGGAGGGUAUUCUCGACGACAGUUUGCAACUCAAGGUCAAGUGUCGGAUGUCCAUGUCUGUAGUAUUUGAUUCGGUUUGGCAAUGGCGGCAGAAUUUCCAUUUCCGUGGUGGGAAACCAUCUGAUGGUAAAGAUGGCCCUGUUUUCUGCACGGAUGACACUGACGGAAUAGCAGUGAGGCAGCGAAACCCUACCUUCGAUCAACAUGACAAUAUCAUCAUACCGGCGUCAACUAUGGACGCGAAACCGACGGUAAUUGAUCCCAUGUUGCACAACUCUACCAUUGUGCCGGGCAUGGCCGGGAUGGCCACUGGACUGGUGGACGAGGUCGGCAUGGACUUUGGCCAGGCGAGCUACGAUGUCUUUGACCCUUUAAAUUGGAUGCUGGAUGGGAUCGUGGAUUUUCCUUACAACUUCAACAACGUGCAGGGGAACGAGCUGGCUGGGAUGGAGUCGCUUGGUGGAGGGAUAUGA